AUGUUUGAGGCUGUAGUUGAGUUGUAUGUGAUCCCAGUGCUUGGUUGUGGAAUUUGUUGGCCAGUAGAGGACUUCAGUGACCUUUUGAGGACUUCGGCAACUCUUGUGGACUCUGACGGGCCUGUUUUGUCAAUUGUUUGUGCUCGAUUGGUGAUUUCGGUGACCCCUGUGCUUGCAUCUGCUGAACUUUUUAAGCAGGAAUCUGAGUUUCUAAUCUAUGGGAAUGGUAGAGAGAAGCCUCCAACCGGGUUCAUGUUUGACAAACAGCAAAUGAAUGGUUUAUAUUUCAAUCAGUCUCCUGCAAAGGUACCGUUACAGUCGAAACCUUGUGCACUGUCUUAG